GCGUCAUCGAUAAGUUCUGUGACAACCCUGAAGCCGAAAACAAGCAGCCACGCUAGAGAAGAAAAUCUGGUUGAAAAUUGACAAAAAUUGUAAUUGAAUAAGCGCAAAAGCCAAAAGAGAACUUCACACCGAGCAGGGGACUUUUUUCACGGAGCACCCCGGAUUGCAGCGAAGUAAUUUUCGAAUAUGGCCGAGGACUUUGAUGUGGAGGCGAUGCUCGAGGCACCGUACAUGAAAAACAAUGUCAGUGCGGGCAGCGGUGGACGUGGUGGACGCAAGCGCAGCGGCAGCAGUCCAGGCGGCGGCGGUGGACACGAUGACGACUACGCCGAGAAUGGUCCUCGGAACGGAAGCGGCGGCGGAAGCUCACACAAAAAGCAAAGCAAGCGAUCCCGCAGUAGAAGCGGCUCGCGUGAUGGCAAAUCUCGACGAGAUCGCGGCAAUGAACGCAGCAGUCAUCGGGACAAGGAUAAGGAGCGCGAUCGUACCCGCGACGGAGGCGACCGGGAUCGACACCGCCGGGAAGGUGGCGAUCGAGAUCGGGAGCGGGAACGUGAGCGUGAGCGCGAACGCGACAGACCCCGUCGCAGUCGAUCGCGGGAUGAGCGCGGUGGAGGUGGUCGCUACGGCGAUCGUGACAAGGAUCGCCGCUCGCGAGAUCGUCGCGCCGGCAGCAAGUCGUUGCAAGUGGAUCGCUCGCGGGACAAGCGUCGACGCAGUCGCUCCCGCGAUCAGCAGCGCAAACGGCUGAGUCCGAUCCGUGAACGCAAGCGCAGCCAUUCCCGCUCGAGGGACAGAAAUAGUCGCCGUCGGGGAACCAAUUCUCCGCGACGCCGCUCACCAACGAAUGGAGCUGAACGCACCACGCCCACCGAGCUCAGUCCCGAGGAGCGGGACGCCCGCACCGUUUUCUGCAUCCAGUUGUCGCAGCGAGUGCGAGCACGUGACCUGGAGGAGUUUUUCUCCAGCGUGGGCAAGGUGCGCGACGUGCGUCUAAUCACGUGCAACAAGACGAAACGCUUCAAGGGCAUUGCCUACAUCGAGUUCGAUGAUCCUGAGUCCGUGGCACUGGCCCUGGGCCUCUCUGGCCAGCGGCUGCUCGGCGUGCCCAUCAUGGUGCAGCACACGCAGGCUGAGAAGAAUCGUCUCCAGAAUGCAACGCCGGCAUUCCAACCGAAGAGUCACACGGGUCCCAUGCGCCUCUACGUGGGAUCACUGCACUUCAACAUUACCGAGGACAUGCUGCGGGGCAUAUUCGAGCCCUUUGGCAAGAUCGAUGCCAUUCAACUGAUCAUGGACACGGAGACGGGCCGAUCCAAGGGCUACGGAUUUAUCACGUACCACAAUGCUGACGAUGCCAAAAAGGCUCUGGAACAGCUGAACGGCUUUGAACUGGCCGGUCGGCUCAUGAAAGUGGGCAAUGUGACAGAGCGACUGGACAUGAAUACCACCUCGCUGGACACCGACGAGAUGGAUCGCACGGGCAUCGAUCUGGGUGCCACGGGACGUCUGCAGCUGAUGUUCAAGCUGGCGGAAGGAGCCGGUUUGGCGGUUCCCCAGGCAGCUGCCAAUGCGCUGCUGGCUACAGCACCUCAACCGGCGCCGUUGCAGCAGCAGGAGGUGGCACCAUCGAUAGCCACACAGUGCUUCAUACUGUCCAAUAUGUUUGAUCCGCGUACCGAGACAAAUCCUACCUGGGACGUGGAGAUCCGCGACGAUGUGCUGGAAGAGUGCGCCAAACACGGCGGGGUGCUGCACAUCCACGUGGACACCAUCUCGCACACGGGAACCGUGUACGUCAAGUGCCCGAGCACAACGACCGCAGUGCUGGCAGUGAAUGCACUGCACGGACGCUGGUUUGCCGGUCGAGUGAUCACGGCGGCCUACUUGCCCGUGAUCAACUACCACACCAUGUUUCCGGACUCCAUCAACGCCGUCGAUCUGGUCACGUCCACGCGCAAGAACACCGACGAUUAAGCUGAAUGCGUGGACAGAAAUAUUGUUAAUAUUCGUUACAAGAACUAAUUUUUGGUCAAAACAUUUUCAAUUUUUUUAAAGACUCGACGCAAGCUGAAAAUUAGGGGCACAUAUUAAAAUACAAUUAAAUACAUUUAUAAAUAUAUAUGAAUUUGAAAAUUUUAA